AUGCCUGUCGCUCCUACGCCCUCCGCCGCCUUCGACGCGGUCGCACCCUUUUCAGACCGCCCGCGCGCCAGACCUGUUGCCAAUCACCCAGCUCGGUUAAUCUGCCUGGAAACCUUUGCAGUGUGCCCGGCGUAUGAUGGCAGAGUCGUGACAAAGACUGCAUGUUAUCACCGCAAUCUAAGUAGAGAAUGUUUGGGAUAUGGGAUCCGCCUUGCUUGGCCAGACCAGCCAGAUGGCAGACGCAGACUGAGCCGCAUCCCGAACCAGCUCAUCCAUCCCGAUCAUCACACCGUUGACUCUGCGCACUAUGGCAAACAGUUCCUGAACACGACCUAUGGGGAUCUGGCGCUUGCCAGGAAUGAUAUACCGCUGAACGGGCUGUGUUUUAUCCGCCGACAGCCACGACCAGCACGGAGUAUCCCACUGAUACCAGACUUCGAAGAACGAGAAUCCCAUCUGAUAUCCUAUUACCACCACAACCUGUCGCGCAUGAUCUCCACGAUUGACGUGAAUAAUGGGUUCCGCGACGAUCUACUACCCAUGGCUCUUUCGACCUUGGGUAAAGCCUCGCAUGGUCUCCGUAACGCCAUGCUGGCCGUCUCUGCUUUCCACCUUUGGGGUUCCAAGUAUGCUUUGUCGUACAAGGCCGAAGCAAUUCGAUCGCUGUCUUCUUCAUUGUCAACCGAGUCUGUAGGGAUAACAGAGACGCAACUCGCGACGUCGAUGAUGCUCUGCGUCUAUAACGUCUUCGAUGAAACUGAAGGCAAUUGGAGCCUACACCUUUACGGAGCUCAGAACAUCCUCCAUCAGCUUGCCAGUAUCCACGGUGGAGGGCUGGCAUACAGGUUCUUGUACACGUGGUUUCUCUACCAUGAGAUACUGGGCGGGUUCAGCCAACCUCUUCAGCAAUGGCCUGAAGGCCCAGCAUCCCUUCGCCUUCUACGUGAUGCUAGUUUUGACAGGUCCAUCAUCAUUGGGUCGUUGGGUUGUUCUGUGGAAGUGAUGGAGAUUAUUGCGUACGUCAAUGGCUUACGCGCAAACGAGCUACGAGGAGAACCUGUCACACUGUCGGGUGAAGAGCGAGCUCAAAAAGCCGACGAGUUCCACGCUUAUGAGAGCAAGAUUGCUACACUUGUUCAAAGACUGGAUCCAGUACACGCGAGCUCCCUACCCCAGCAGGAGCAAACCAAAACGCAUAUCACCGCCGAGCUGUACCGUAUCGCAACCUUUCUCUACCUGCAGAGAACUUGUACCUCUCCACAGACACAAGAGUAUAGGUCGGCAUACCUCGAGCAAGCUUUUCAAAUUCUUGGCCGCCUAGAUGUCUGUACCAGUCCUUGGCCACUUUUUGUCAUUGCUUGUGAAACCGAAACAGAUGAUCAGAGGAUAGAAGUUCUGCGGACUCUUGAUCGAAUGGACGAGAGGAGACAUAUUGGAAAUGUUUUCGUACUGAGAAACAUCAUCGAGUCGUUUUGGAAGCAGCGGGACCUUUUGGCGGACACUGGCCGAGCGGCUAAUCUCAAGUGGUGGGAUAUCAUCGACCUCCGCAUCGCAUCACCGUGGUUUAUCUGA